AUGCAAAACCAUAUAGUUUUGAUCACAAAAUUUAAAUAUACUCCUUAUCUAAUCUCAAAAAUCCUAAAUAAUGGCAGUAGAAUAAAUAAAAUGAGACGACUAUUCGGAGGAAAGAAGCAACCAGGACCUCCCCCUCCAUCACUGGACGAAACAAGUCAAAGCAUGGACAAAAGGGUGCAAGGACUCAGGGAAAAGGUCGCAGAAUGUGACAAAGAUCUAGCUCAGCUCAAAGAAGAAAUAAAACGCUCAAGAGGAACAAGUUCCUCAAUAGCUAAACAACGAGCCGUACAAGUGCUGAAACGAAGAAAAAUGUACCAGCAGCAGUUGGACAACCUACUAGGCCAACAGUUCAACGUAGAGCAGAUGAGCUUCCAAACCCAAGGCAUCCAAGACACAAUUAAUGCUGUCAGUGCAAUGAAAGCAGCCCAUCAAGUCCAAACUCAGCAGUUGAAGCAAAUAAAAAUCAAUGAUGUCGAAAACCUUAUGGACGAUAUUGCAGAUCUCCAAUUCGACACUGAAGAAAUUAACGAAGUCAUGAGCAGAAAUUAUGCAUUGGAUGGAAUUGAUGAGACUGAGCUUGAGAAAGAGCUGGAAGAACUUGAUGAAGAACUUUUGCAGGAGGAUAUGUCAAGAAGCUCGCUUAAAGUUCCUUCAUACUUGCCAAGCGCACCACAGAAGGUUGAGCAAGAUCAAGUUACGUUCUAA